AUGGACGGGGACGUGGACGUGGACGUGGACGUGGACGUGGACAUGGACGUGGACGUGGACGUGGACGUGGACAUGGACGUGGACGUGGACGUGGACGUGGACGUGGACGUGGACGUGGACGUGGAACGUGGACGUGUACGUGACAUGAACGUGGACGUGGACGUGUACUGGACUGAACGUGGACGUGGACGUGGACGUGAACGUGGAACGUGGACGUGGACGUGGACGUUGGACGUGGACAUGGACGUGGACGUGGACGUGGACGUGGACGUGGACAUGGACGUGGACGUGACGGGGAAAUGGACGUGGACGUGGACCGUGGACGUGGACGUGGAAGUGACAUGGACGGACGUGGACGUGGACAUGGGACGUGGACGUGGACGUGGACGUGGACGUGGCAUGGACGUGGACGUACGGACGUGGACGUGGACGUGGACGUGGACAUGGAACGUAGGACGUGGACAUGGACGUGGACGUGGACGUGGACGUGGACGUGGACAUGGACGUGGACGUGGACAUGGACGUGGACGUGGACGUGGACGUGGACGUGGACAUGGACGUGGACGUGGACGUGGACGUGGACACGUGGACGUGGACGUGGACGUGGACGUGGACGUGGACGUGGACGUGGACGUGGACAUGGACGUGGACGUGGACGUGGACGUGGACGUGGACAUGGACGUGGACGUGGACAAGGACGUGGACGUGGACAUGGACGUGGACGUGGACGUGGACGUGGACAUGGACGUGGACGUGGACGUGGACAUGGACGUGGACGUGGACGUGGACGUGGACGUGGACGUGCACGUGGACGUGGACGUGGACGUGGACGUGGACGUGGACGUGGACGUGGACGUGGACGUGGACGUGGACAUGGACGUGGACAUGGACGUGGACUGGACGUGGACGUGGACAUGGACGUGGACGUGGACAUGGACGUGGACGUGGACGUGGACGUGGACGUGGACGUGGACGUGGACGUGGACGUGGACAUGGACGUGGACGUGGACGUGGACAUGGACGUGGACGUGGACGUGGACGUGGACGUGGACGUGGACGGACGUGGACGUGGACGUGGACAUGGACGUGGACGUGGACGUGGACGUGGACAUGGACGUGGACGUGGACGUGGACAUGGACGUGGACGUGGACGUGGACGUGGACGUGGACGUGGACGUGGACAUGGACGUGGACGUGGACGUGGACGUGGACGUGGACGUGGACGUGGACGUGGACGUGGACGUGGACAUGGACGUGGACGUGGACAUGGACGUGGACGUGGACAUGGACGUGGACGUGGACUGGACGUGGACGUGGACGUGGACGUGGACGUGGACAUGGACGUGGACGUGGACGUGGACGUGGACGUGGACGUGGACAUGGACGUGGACGUGGACGUGGACGUGGACGUGGACAUGGACGUGGACGUGGACGUGGACGUGGACGUGGACGUGGACGUGGACGUGGACAUGGACGUGGACGUGGACAUGGACGUGGACGUGGACGUGGACGUGGACAUGGACGUGGACGUGGACGUGGACAUGGACGUGGACGUGGACGUGGACGUGGACGUGGACGUGGACGUGGACGUGGACGUGGACGUGGACGUGGACGUGGACGGGACGUGGACGUGACGUGGACGUGGACAUGGACGUGGACAUGGACGUGGACGUGGACGUGGACGUGGAAGUGGACGUGGACGUGGACGUGGACGUGGACGUGGGGGUGGGACGUGGACGUGGACGUGGACGUGGACAUGGACGUGGACGUGGACGUGGACAUGGACGUGGACGUGGAAAUGGACAUGGACGUGGACGUGGACAUGGACGUGGACGUGGACGUGGACGUGGACGUGGACGUGGACGUGGACGUGGACAGGAGGUGGACAUGGACGUGGACAUGGACGUGGACGUGGACGUGGACGUGGACGUGGACGUGGACGUGGACAUGGACGUGGACGUGGACAUGGACGUGGACGUGGACGUGGACGUGGACGUGGACGUGGACGUGGACGUGGACGUGGACGUGGACGUGGACGUGGACGUGGCGUGGACGUGGACGUGGACGUGGACUUGGACGUGGACGUGGACGUGGACGUGGACGUGGACGUGUACGUGGACGUGA